CCCCUUCUGAAGCAGAGCACCAGGAAGGGGGUAGCAAGGAGCAGUCGGGGCAUGGCAGGCCGGCCCAGCUGCGGGCUACAACCAGAGCCACCCACGCUUCCUAGCAGCUGGGGAAACCCCUCAGGCUGUUCUCGGAAGGGACCCAGCGCCGGCCUCUCCCCGAAGCAGGAGGGGACUGUCCCAGUCGCUCCCCAAAUCCUCCACGGCUCUCGCAGCAGGCCCUAGCAGAGCCCCGCGCACCCCUGCCCGCCCCCUCCGUUUCCACCGACAGACCCCAGCUUCGCCCCCCCCGCCCCCCCCACGCCGCGGCAGCCGCUGGGAGACCCCUGCUCCCGCGCUCCGGAAACCCCCUUCGCCGCGCCCCGCAGCGCAACAGCCCCGAGCUGCGGCCCAUGGGCCCCGGCGAGGGCGGAGCCUGGGCGGGGCGCCUGAGGGGCCGGGGAAACUCCCUGCGCCCGGCCGGGCUUGACAGGCGCCCUGGAGGACGCGGCGCGUGUCUGCCGGAGGACGCGGCCGGAGCAAGCAGCGGCGACUCUGCCUCUCGCCCGUCUUCCUGGAGCGGCAGGAUGAAAGACCGGUUAUGUGAACUGUAUGAGUUAGCUAGGCUUUAUAACCAACAAUUUCCUAACAAUGAGGAUGAGAGUUUACCUCAUGAAACCCUCCUGUUCGAGACUGAUUAUGCCCUUGCAACUCUUUACAAAGAUGUCCAGAGUAUCAGAACAGACAACCUCCACCUGAAAGAGGAUGUCAAACGGCUAGGUAAACAAAAUAACCGCUUUCUUACCUCCAUGCGCCGUCUUAGUAGUAUCAAACGAGAUACUAACAGCAUCGCCAAAGACAUCAAGGCCCGUGGAGAAGGCAUCCACAGGAAACUCCAGACAAUGAGAGACUUCAGUGAAGAUGCAGAAACAAAACAUGGCACGAUGUCUGUCAUAACCCGUGUAUCGAAGAAUCACUAUGUUGACCUCAUGCAUGCCUUUCAGGAAGCCAUGUUUGGGUACAAUGAGGCAGAGAUGAACCAGCGGGAGAACUGUAAGAUUCGGAUCCAGAGACAGCUGGAGAUCAUGGGCAAGGAUGUUUCCGGAAACCAGAUUGAGGACAUGAUUGAGCAAGGCAAGUGGGAUGUUUUCUCUGAGAAUCUCCUGUCUGAUGUCAGAGGGGCUCGUGCAGCAUUGAAUGAGAUAGAGACGCGACACAAAGAGUUGAUGAAGUUGGAGACUCGCAUCAGGGAGGUUCAUGAGCUCUUUCUGCAGGUGGCACUACUGGUGGAGCAACAGGCUGACACCUUUGACAUCAUUCAACUGAACAUGGAAAAAGUUGAGGACUAUGUAGGAGAGGCUAAAUGUCAGGUGAGGAAAGCUUUGGAAUACAGGCGGAAAAACCCUUGUCAAACACUCCUCUGCUGUUGCUUUUCAUGCUGCAAAAGCUGAUUCUCCUACUCAAGCCUUUACAGGCCAACUUGAAUGUACAGUUGAAAUAGUGCUUUUAAAAUGGGCUACUUUUUGAAACAGGAUUGCUUUUGGUUUUGGGGGGUUGGGGUGGUUGCCCCUUGUCUUAGACUUUAUGUGCUAAUAAAAACCAAAUGUUGCUGGCAAAUUUUAUUUUAAAA